CAGAAACCGAGGGAAAACGUUUUUCGUAGCUUUUUCGGACAACCAUUACACUGGAAAUUAUCCUCAGGAUUUGGAACUUUUUAUUAUGAAUGCUGUUGAUGUGCCUGUGACAGUUGACGUCAGUGCACCCCUUUUCCUUGGUUACACACUCUCUGAAAGUCGAACAAUACAAAAGGAAGAUUAUGUGAAAGUGACAUUCAACAAUUUGAUUCGCCUUGACAAUACAGAGGUAGCACCAAAGGGCAUUCUAGUUCAAUCAACCGGUGAGGUAGUGGUUAUAGCGGUAAACCGCGAGACUUACACAAAUGACGCCUUUCUUGCCAUCCCUGAACCGGCAUUGGGGACGAAGUAUUAUGCUGUAAGCUAUUUCCCGACAUGGUAUCCUUCACAGUUUGUUGUUAUUGGCACAGAAGAUAAUACAGAAGUUAAAAUAACACUUUCUACCAAUCCAAACGCUGAUGUUGUACAGUUUGAUAACACCACGUAUGAGCCAGGUGACACAAUACUUAUCUCGAUUGAUAAAUUUGAUUCGGUACAGAUACAGAGUAAAGGCGAUCUGACUGGAUCCCUCAUCGGCACAGACAAACCAGUAGGGUUCCUAAGUGGUAAUAAGAGAACAAAUAUAGGAAAUGGAACUAGGUCUAGUGAUCAUUUGGUUGAAUAUUUGACCCCAGUAAAUAAAUGGGGUUCAAAGUUUGCUUCAGUUCCUAUCCCAGGAAGAAAAGUUGGAGAUUUCUAUAAAGUUGUUGCUAGUUCUACAAACACUAUUCUUACAGUAAAGUGUUCGGACCGUUUCGGUAAUAGGAUGAACUACGAGAAAACAUUACAUAACUCUGGAGAUUUUGUGCAUCUGCAUAUAACAUUUGAGAAGUAUUGUUCCUUUCUGUCGAAUAAAGCCGUUAUGGUAGUUCAGUUUGUGCAUAGCCAAGAUGCCAAUGACCACACAGACAAACAUGACCCUGCCAUGAUGUUGAUUACACCGGUGGAACAAUACGAGUCAGAGUAUAGAUUUAAUACGCCACGGUUCACUUGGGGGACCUACCAGAACUUCUUCCUGUUUGUCGUUAAGUCUGACCAGCGGUCAGGUAUUAGAGUGGACAAUGACGUCCUGCCAAGCAGUACGGAGUUUGUUGAUAUCCCUGGUACUGAUCUGGUGGGUGGAUAUGUGGAAGUAUCAGACGGAUAUCACGCUGUAUACCAUAUCUCUCCUAUAGUAGUAUUUGGCGGAUACCUCUAUGGACGGGCGAGAUUUGAGACUUACGGCAUACCGGCCGGAACACGCAUGGCAAAUGUGAAUGAGCCCUGCAGCCGCAGUACCACGAUUGCUGGUGACGUAGUAGACAAUGACUGUGACGGGUUUAUCGACGAGGAGCUGCCAAACGCUUUAGAUGACGAUGGAGAUGGAGAAAUAGAUGAGGACUGUGCUGUACCGACAUCCCCCAUCGAUGGUAAUUGGGCAUCUUGGUCAGGAUGGGGAACAUGCAGCAUCACCUGUACAUCAGAUAUCAAUCCAUCCGGCCAAUCAGUCCGAAUCAGAACUUGCUCUGAACCUACUCCUAAAUACGACGGGAAAACUUGCUCGGGAAAUGGUGAAGAGUAUUUGACAUGCACGCCUGAUAGGUGUCCACCUGUUAACGGAAGCUGGUCUGACUGGAGUCCAUGGAGUGACUGCACAGGAUGCGUUUCGUCAUUUACUCCAACCAUUGGUUCACUUACCAGAGUCCGCACCUGUACCAAUCCGAGUCCAGCGUUUGGUGGCUUGGAGUGUCCAGCAGAUGACCUAUCUGAGGAAUCCGACACGUGCUCAUGUCCAAUUGAUGGAAAAUGGUCAAACUGGGAACCGUGGAAUCAUUGUUCGAUGACUUGUAACCCAUAUACAGGAAGUGACCUCAUAAUCACUGGAACACACACAAGGUCAAGAUCAUGUUCCGACCCAUUCCCACAGCACGGUGGCAUACCAUGUGAUGGAAAUUAUCGAGAUACCGAGAGUUGCCAAAACAAUACUUCUUGUCCGGGAAGUACGGAUGGAAUUUGGGCUACUUGGGGCUCUUGGACAGAAUGCGUACGCAUACGACAAAGGACUUGUAAUAACCCCGCUCCUUACGGUACAGGAAUCGAAUGCAUGGGAGAAAAUAAUCAAACAACGAACUGUUCAUCAGAAGCAGGUCCUACAGAAGCAGCACCCACAGUACCCCCAACUCAGUGCUCAUGUCCCGUGCCAACUGCUACAAAUGUCACACCAUCUUUCCCAUCGCCUCCUCCUCCAGAAGAAUUGGCAAAGAUCCUUCAAGACCUUAAUAUUCAACUUAGACGAAAUAAAAAAGAGACGUCCAGAUACAAGAGAAGUCUCGUUUCCGCGUCUGACCCCAGAGGAAGCAGUAAAGCCAUGGGGCUGCUUAUGAUCAGCAUAAUUGUUAUCGGACUAUUGGGAUUCAUGCUGAUGGAUCUUGACAGACUUUGCAGGUUCCUCCGAGAACGGGAGCCUGUCGGAGUUAUAUAAGUAUAGUUUGUUUUGUUGCUUAAACGUAAGCAAAAGGACCGAUAUACGAUGAAAAAUAAUUCAGUCGUCUGGAUAUUUUGCGAUUCUGCAUAUUUAUUGUAGAUUCCUUCUAUCUUGCUUAUUAGUGGUACAUGAUAUUAUGUCUGCUUCCACAAUGACCCACAUGAUGGAACUUUCGAAACUUUCACUGGAACAGUCAUAUAUAACAAAAGGAACGUCCUCCCUUUCAUUAUGCCUGCGACCGACAUUUUACUGUCCAACAUUUUAUGUUUCAUGCUGCUAUUUCAAAUAAGUUCGUGAGACCAUAUUUAAAAUAAUGUUUGUGAAAUGUUUAUUCAUUGCAAUUUUUGACGGGCUGUUAAAUUGCACAGUAAAUACUUCCUCUAGAGAAAGAGUUUGCUUAAAAAUGUGAUGACACAAAAAUUGUUCUCUCGGUGACAAUAUGGAAUAAUGUGAAUAAAUUGCAAUACUUAAAUUUUUGGCUAAUAACAAUCCAUAUUUUGGAAAUGCAUUUUAAUUUUCAUACAUAUCACUAAUCCAGAUUACCCCAUUCAAGGGAGACAAAUGACAAAAAAGUAUAGGACAAUACACAUUAUUUGGUCACGUAAUCUUUUACAAUAUAUUUCCUGCAUUUUGACAAAUUUUCAACUCACAAUUG